AUGUCGUCCCUAUCAACCGUAGAUGGUAUUGAUCAGGAGAUCCAAGAGGUUCAGCUUCCGAUAGCUAAUAGCGAUGCGACCCCGCUUCUCCUAGCUGGAACAGAGGUAUCACCCCUUUCAAGCGAUCCGACAGCAGAGAAUAAGACGUCGGUUAACGAUGAUAGCGACGGGGACAAUCGUGACGACGAGAUUGAGGAUCUGAAGAAACAGAUGAUCGUACUUGUCGCUUGGCUAAAGAAUUUCCCACGAUCCUCCCCAUGCUCACCUACAUUCAGUACCAAGGAGUCCGACGGAUCUGAAGACGUCCAGCUUCCACACGGCGGCGAUGGAGCAGGUUCAGCAACCAGUGACGGACAAUGCACUCCAUCAACCCCUGAUACCAAAGACAGCGAGUCGAUUGAGGAGAGCAGUAGCCCGAAUACAAGCUACGAAGUCGAAGAACCGACCGUAAAGCCCCACCACCUGGUCGAGGACGAGGAUGCAGAGGACUACGGAGAGAUUCCUAUCGAGCACCUGGCAAACCCUGAGAAGUACAGUAACCAGUAUAUCGAGGUUAGGACAUCCCAACUCGGCGGCAACGGUAUAUUCGCUAAGACGGAUCUGGAGAGUGGCCAGCUUAUCUUGGUGGAGAGGCCUAUGCUGACGGCUACACCCAUGACUCUGUACGAGGAACUCGAGAAUCUUGCGCCGGAACUACGAGAGACGUUCUAUCGUAUGCACGGCCACAAGCGAUACGGAUCGCACGAGGUGCGCCAAGCUAUCUUCCUCACGAAUGCAUUCUGCGUCGGAAGUAUCUCAUGUGUCUACUCUAUCGGCGCGCGAUUCAACCACGCCUGUAACCCGAUCAACUCAGUCGCCUAUCGUGUCGAACCGGGCUGUACGAUGGAAUUCCGAGUUAACCGAGACGUACCGGCGGGCACCGAGCUCACAGUUGCGUACGGACGUCUAUCUCCGAGAGAACUGUAUAUCUUAUGGGGCUUCCGGUGUGCAUGUGGCGCCUGCAAACCCCUCACGGAUAGGGACAUUGCUAGAAUGGAAGAGAAUUGGUAG